ACAAAGAUAACACGCUAUUUUAAUCGGUGAUUGAAUUGAGUGAAGGCAAGUUUAGUGUUUUAAAUAAAAAUAUUAAGAUGACGAGUUUCAUCAUCAUCACAGUGCUGUCAGCACUCGCAGCCUGCUAUGGUGCCGUUGUACCUCCGAGUGAGGAGAAUAUGAUCUCACGCUUUGCUCUGGAGCAGAUGUAUCCAGAUUUCACCGUGGAGUACAAUGAAAAAUACGAGAACAGAGUCGCGUUUUCCAAAGGAGAAGCUAGAAAUGACCAAAUAUUGUUGCUGACCCGUGAAAUACACGUGCCAGCUGUACCUGGAGAAACACAGUAUGCUGACCUGAUCCAUCGUAGUUCAUCUAAUGUACGAAUAACCCGAGUCGUGUGGAUUCCCCUUACAUGGCCCCUACCUACUCUCAUCAGUAUUAAAGGAGUAGGUACCGAUGUAGUUCAUAUAAGUUGUACAUCAUUUGUCGGAGAGAAUAUCCACGUAUUGUUUUCGCUGUAUGGUGAAAUUAUUGAGAACUGAGUACGUCACCAUCAUCAUCAUCAUCAUCAUCAUCAUCAGCCGAUGUUCGUCUACGUGCUGCUGGGCCCCUCCAAUAGUACGCCACUGAGCUCGAUCUUCAAUUCUUCAGACCUUGCUGAAGAAUAUAUAAUAUCGUCAUUUUACCUAAAUGAAGACAUAAUGCUAUGAAAAUGGCCGACCUGGCAAGAAUAUUGCUUAUCAGUAAACCACAUAGAAAGUUCUCAAAUUAAAGUUAUCGAUAAAAA